AAGAAAAUAAAAAUCGCAAUUGCAGGACGAAGCACGAAUUUCGGGUCUUGGGUUUUUCGUUUUUUAUUUGUGCUUCUUCUGGGAAAAUGAAGUCGGAGAUGGGUUCGAGAGAUUCUCGGGAAAAGAUUUGGCAAUGAGGCGAUUACUUUCACGAGAAACCAAUGACAUUUUCUCGCCGAGUUUUCCUUUCCUCCAAACAGGGCACGGCGCACGCGGUCAAUCUGCUGCGAAGAUGUGGACCGUCUAAGCGAAUUCAGGCGUUCAAUUGCACGAAUUCGUCAAGAGAGAACUAUAGAAGACCAUACCGUAAUCCUGUGUUGGCCACGGAAACUCAGGCUUCUCGCUCGUGGGCUCCUUAUGCCGCUCCUGCUGUAGUGCUCGGUUUUGCUGGAUUUGCUGCAUUUCUCCAUUACAACGAUGAAAGGAGAGCUGUUCCGAAAGGUCAGGGGGGCAACCCUGUCUCUAAUACCACAGUUAAGGGUCCGAUUAUCGGGGGACCCUUCACCUUGAUCAGUACAGAAAAAAAGAUUGUAACGGAGAGAGACUUUCUUGGGAACUGGGUUCUACUCUACUUUGGGUACACAUUCUCUCCCGAUGUUGGCCCGGUGCAAUUAAAGAUGAUGGCUGAGGCAAUAGACAAACUAGAGUGCAACCAUAAUCUGAAGAUCCUCCCUGUGUUUGUCACCAUAGACCCUCAACACGACACUGCUUCUCAUCUCGAUGCAUACCUAAAAGAGUUUGACGGAAGGAUAAUGGGACUGACUGGAGCUGUAGGUGCAAUAAGGCAGAUGGCUCAGGAAUACAGAGUCUAUUUCAAGAAGGUGGAAGAGGAUGGGGACGAUUAUCUCGUCGACACUUCUCACAACAUGUACUUGUUGAACCCUAAGAUGGAAGUGGUCAGAUGCUUUGGCGUCGAGUAUUCCGCUGAUGAGCUUUCCCGAGAGAUUGUGAACGAAGUAAGCCCCGUUCCAAAAUGACCAAAUCAAUUCGGAACAAACUUUUUUUUUUUUUUUAAAAGAUUGGAGUUUCACCGAGUCAAUGGUUCGAAUUGAAUUAGUUUAUUAAUGCGGUAAAUCGAAACAUUUUUUAUGGUUUGAGCUUUUUUGUUUGGACAAAAGUGACAAAAACUUAGAUACGCAGUGGACCACAACCACAGAGCCACUACUGACUCAUGUCUGAAAGGAGGGUGUCCUUAUAUGUGAAAGCGUCAAAUUAAUAUUCGGCAUUCAUAUUCUUACA